GAUCUGAAUAGUUUCUUGUGUCAUGACUCUUCUUUGUUAAAAUGCAUCUACCUAUCCCUAAUGGCAAAUUCCAUAUUUGUCAUUCUACCGAUUGUGAUAUUACUUGAAGGGCUUUUCUAUGUUGAAGAAGGGAUACCCUUGUCCCUAAGCCACGAGAUUGCUAGCAGACAGGUGACUCAUUUGUCACUUAUUCCCGUAGUCUGGGGUCCUGACCGAGAAGAUGCAACUCCACAUACACCGACGUUUUCCCCAGAUAAUCCCAGAGCUCUUAUGCAUUCACCACGCGACCCUCCAUCGCUAACCCGCUGCCUCACAACACGAAAUCCCAAUAAAACAGUCAACAGCCCCGAAUCCACUUAUCACGAAUCCUUUGUCGGGUAAAUCUUAGCCGGGGCCACUAAUAUACGGGGUGCCAUUUGGGUGGUGAAACCCCCA